AUGUUUUCGCAAGCUUCAUCUUUGGCUCUUUUACUCGGUGCCACGCUUCUCUCUGGCGUCAGCUAUGGUGCCCCGGAAGGCGUGAACAAGCCGGCGCUCUCGGCUCGUCAAGCGGGCAUAGCCGCCUCAUCCAGCUCCUCCUCUUACAGCGAAACCGAGACAUUCCAGAGCAGCUGGAACUCCCUCUCCCAGUCGUUCGCCCAAACGCAAUCGGUCUUCGAGAGCCAUUCUUCCGUCGAGGUGGCCUACCAAUCCGUCCAAACUCUGUACAAGAGUUAUCAAUCCGCUUACAGCGCUUACCAGGCGUGCUCACCCUGCUCAACCGGCUUGGCCCAGAGCGGCUUCACGAGUCAAUUCCAGCAAACUGUGCAACAGAUGUACCGCUCCUUCCAAUACAUCCUCACGACCUGCCAAUCGACCUAUGCGGCCCAAUGGCAAUCCCAAUUCGCAUCAACCUUCCAAAAGAUGAACACGUUCGGAAGUUUCUCCCAGAAGAUUGCUUCGAGCUUGAACAUCGAUCUCGGCGGGAUACUGAAAGGACUGGGAUUGAACCUUGACAUCUUUUCGAACAUCGGGAUCAGCCUUGGAGGCAUUCUUGGUGGAUCGAACGGCCAGGGUUUGCUCGGCGGCGUGCUUGGAGGAUCUAACGGCCAGGGAUUACUCGGCAGCGUCCUUGGAGGAGGAGCAAACGGCGGGUCUGGUGGGGGCUUAGUCGGCAGCCUACUCGGCGGUGGUCGGGGCGGCGGGCAAGCGCCUGGCCAAGCUCCGCCCCAGGGUGGACUUCUCGGUGGCAUCCUCUAA